AUGGCCGCACUUGAUGUCGACAGUUUGAUGUCUCGGUUACUGAAUGUGGGAAUGGCCGGAGGGCGACUGACUACAUCGGUGUCAGAGCAGGAACUUCAACAGUGCUGCUUCACUGCACGACAAGUUUUCAUAUCCCAAUCAUCACUUAUCGAGUGCGAACCACCACUGGUUGUUUGUGGGGAUAUUCAUGGACAGUACUCGGACCUGCUUCGUAUUUUUGACAAAAAUGGUUUCCCACCAGAAACAAAUUACCUUUUUCUUGGAGACUACGUCGACAGAGGACGCCAGAACAUCGAAACUAUAUGUCUGAUGUUCUGCUACAGGAUCAAAUAUGCUGAAAGUUUCUUUAUGCUUCGCGGUAACCAUGAAUGCCCUGCCAUCAAUCGUGUGUAUGGUUUCUAUGAAGAAUGCAACAGGCGCUAUAAAAGCUCUAGGUUGUGGAGCUCAUUUCAGGACACGUUUAACUGGAUGCCAUUAUGUGGUCUGAUCGCUGGACGAAUUCUGUGUAUGCACGGUGGACUUUCUCCUCAACUCACAGCUAUCGAUCAGCUUCGAAAUUUGCCUCGACCACAAGAUCCUCCAAACCCAUCGAUGGGCAUUGAUUUGCUGUGGGCAGAUCCCGAUCAAUGGGUAAAGGGAUGGCAGGCGAACACCCGGGGAGUGUCCUAUGUGUUCGGACAGGAUGUCGUCAUUGAAAUGUGUGCGAAACUUGGAAUUGAUCUGAUUGCUAGAGCCCACCAGGUGGUGCAAGAUGGCUAUGAAUUCUUUGCCUCAAAAAAGAUGGUGACCAUAUUCUCUGCACCUCACUACUGUGGACAGUUCGAUAAUUUCGCAGCCACGAUGAAGGUAAGCGAAGAUCUCGUCUGCAACUUCUCCAUGUAUAAGCCAACCUCAAAAGCAGCUCGCGUUGCAUCCGGUCAGGCUUAA